AUGCACUUUAGGACUCUAGCAGACUCCUUCUCUCUCUUACUUUCCUCUUCUCUCUCUCUCUCUGAAGCCAUCGUCCAAGCCAGCGAGAGAACGAUUUCGUGGCCGCCGAGCUUCUCUUCUUUCCCUUCAUCUGGAGCAUCCCAGAAGCCCUCAUCAACGCCGAGCUCUCCACCGCCUUCCCCGGCAACGGCGGCUUCGUCAUCUAGGCCCACAAAGCCUUCGGCGAUGAUUAAAGUUUAUGGUGAAGAAACCACAAUUGCGGCCGCCGUCCCCCUCCUCUCCCUCCUCGGCUUCCUUCUCUCUCUGGGUUUCAGCAGCAGAAACAGUAGCCGGAGGUGGCGCACCAAGUGUUUCAGAAUAGGGGUUUUCUUGCGGCGUCGAAAAGCAAUUCAAUAAUUUGAAAAACUUGAGAAGCUUGGGGCUUGAACAGCUAGAAAAAGCAAAAAAAAAAAGGAAGCUGCAUUUAUUGUAACGUUUGCAAAACGGGAGCAGGAGAUAGCAGAACCGAAAGUGAGAAGUCAAGCUUUUCCUGGACAUUUUUGUGUGCUGUAUUGUGAAUGAAAGAAUUUACUUUGGGAUGUAGGGUUGUAACUGGUUGAUGCAUUUUGGAAUGGGUGGCUUGAAGAAUAUUAUUGUGUAUGCUUUGUGAUUAUGCUUU